AUCUUGACCAUUGACUCCUCCAGGGGAGAUCUGAGCCGCUGCGAGCUGCCUGCAUGACUCUCCCCAGAUCGAAGAUGGCGGUGUCCGUGUUCCCAGGCGUGCGCCUCCUCUCCAUCGGAGACGCCAAUGGAGACAUACAGCGACAUUCAGAGCAGCAGCCUCUGCGACUAGAGAUCAAAACCAACCAGGACGCGGCUCUCAUAAGCCUCUCGAACAACGAGGAGACAUGCGUCUUUAAGUGUUCAGUAUCAAGGGAGACAGAAUGCAGUCGUGUUGGGAAGCAGUCCUUCAUCAUUACUCUGGGCUGUAACAGUGUCCUCCUGCAGUUUGCAUCUCCAGCAGAUUUCUCGUCAUUCUAUAACCUCCUGAAGAAUUGCCGUGGACACAGGGGCGAACGUUCGGUCUUCAGUGAGAGGACGGAGGAGUCCUCAGCUGUACAGUAUUUUCAGUUUUAUGGCUACCUCUCUCAGCAACAAAACAUGAUGCAGGAUUACGUGCGAACUGGAACAUAUCAACGAGCCAUCCUCCAGAAUCAUACAGACUUCAAGGAUAAAGUGGUGCUGGAUGUAGGUUGUGGCUCUGGAAUUCUAUCAUUUUUCGCAGCUCAGGCUGGUGCCCGUAAAGUUUAUGCUGUGGAGGCCAGCACCAUGGCUCAACAUGCAGAGGUUCUUGUGAACAGCAACAGGUUGUCAGAGCGUGUUGUGGUGAUUCCUGGGAAAGUGGAGGAAGUGUCCCUACCCGAGCAGGUUGACAUUAUUAUCUCUGAACCCAUGGGCUACAUGUUGUUCAACGAAAGGAUGCUGGAGAGCUAUCUACAUGCCAAGAAAUUCCUCAAGCCUAGCGGCAAAAUGUUUCCAACCCUUGGAGACGUUCACCUCGCUCCUUUCACAGAUGAGCAGCUUUACAUGGAGCAGUUUACGAAGGCCAAUUUCUGGUACCAGCCAUCUUUCCAUGGGGUGGAUUUGUCUGCGCUGAGAGGAGCUGCGGUUGAUGAAUACUUCAGACAGCCUAUUGUGGACACUUUUGAUAUCAGGAUCCUUAUGGCCAAAUCAGUGAAAUAUACGGUCAACUUUUUAGAAGCUAAAGAAGACGAUCUUUACAAGAUAGAAAUCCCCUUCAAAUUCCACAUGAUGCAUUCAGGGCUUGUACAUGGGCUGGCUUUUUGGUUUGAUGUCGCAUUCAUUGGAUCAGCGAUGACUGUGUGGCUCUCUACGGCCCCCACCGAACCCCUCACUCACUGGUACCAGGUGCGCUGUCUGCUGCAGUCACCUCUCUUUGCCAAGGCAGGGGACACAAUGUCAGGCACUGCACUUUUAAUCGCCAACAAGAGACAAAGCUAUGACAUUAGUAUUGUUGCUCAAGUGGACCAGACAGGCUCCAAGUCCAGUAAUCUACUUGAUCUCAAGAACCCCUUCUUCCGGUACACGGGCACAACACCCACCCCACCUCCAGGCUCACACUAUUCCUCCCCCUCAGAGAACAUGUGGAACACUGGGGGGACCUAUAGCAUGAGCCAAGGCAUGGCUGUGUCAGGGAUGCCUACAGCUUAUGAUCUCAGCACUGUCAUCGGUGGCAGUGGGACAACAGUGUCCCACAACAAUCUCAUCCCCCUUGGUACAGACACGCAUGCACUGAACACGGGGAUUGUGAACCACACUCACUCCAGAAUGGGCUCUAUAAUGAGCACCGGAAUUGUCCAGGGGGCCACAACUGCCCAGCAGGGUCCCAGCAGCAGCAGUCCUCAUUACCCCGUUACCAACCAGUUCACCAUGGGCGGCCCAGCUAUCUCCAUGGCAUCUCCUAUGGCCAUCCCCAGCAACACCAUGCACUACGGGAGCUAAGGCCAAGGGAUGGCUUCUGCAUGUCCAAUUCCCCCAACCCUCUACCCCUGAAGAUCAACCACAGCCAAAUUCAGAAUACCAAAACCAGUGCACCAGUUUCUGACCAUCACUUUAUAUUCUCUCUGUCUCUCUCUCUCGCUAUCUCUAUAUAUAGAUAUACAUGUAUACGUAUAUAUAUAUUCUAAACUCUUUCUUUAUCUCACUGGUGUUUUAUUCUUACAUAUCCGUCCCACGACCCUAUAACGCUAGUGUGCACAGGCAUUCGGCCAGUUCAACACGUCUGAGGUGUGUCAUUGUUACUCUUCCCCUCCCCAGCCGCAAGCAGCGCCUGCUCCACACCAGCCACUAGGAGGCAGCACUUGUCUGUAAGCAUGCUGAAAAAGCACAAACCAGAGACUCAAGACUCAACAGAAAGGACUCGGUCUGAGAAACGCUGUCGAUGGGACACGUUUUUUUUUUUUAAAUAUAUAAAUGCUUUACAAAUCUGCACAUGUUCCCCCUUACUUCAUGAACUCCCACUUUUUUUUAGCCGCACAUACAUCGACUGACUAUUGAUAUGAAUUGGAGAUCUAUUACAGGAUCUUGCUACUGUUCAUGACAACCCCAGCUACGUUGAACCUACUCUUCACUGUUGGCUUUUUUACGUUUCCAGCGACAUCGACUGGCCAUCGCAUCUCGAUUCUCUCAGCAUGGGCUUUUGACAGCCACAUUGACUCACCUUAAAUGUUCACAACCUCUCAUCGCUCACAUGAAGAGAUGGACACGUGCUGUAGGCUCGCAGAGUUCAUUACGACUACUACCACAGUACCGCUGGAUCCUGCCUGUAGACAAACAUAGCGUAGAUAGAGAUCGUCUUACUUUUCAUUCCAUUUCUGACUGUUUUAACGUAGUGCAGUCCCAGAUUAUGUAUUUUGCUUGGUGUUCCCUGAGGUGAAUUCUGAGCGUGGUUUAUCGAGACCGCUUCUGUCGACCCCGGACUCCAACGUGAAGCAAAUCUGACUUAUAAAUUGACAGAUUCAUUCUCAGUCAAUUUUAAGGACAUAAAAGGUUUCAGGAAUAAAAGGACCAGCAUCAAACCCUCCACUACCAGCCAAGGAGGACGGCGGAGUGCUGGGACGGACAGUCGGCAACUAGGGGGAAGAAGACAGAAGGAUGAAUGAUAUAAACCGUGAGGUCCAUGGACACACACUGACCGCUGCAGCAGGACAACUGUUUGGAAUGGCAGUAUCCUAGUUUACAUCUCUUGAACCUUUAUUUUGUCAACUUAUGUGUGUUGUGAGACUCGUUGAGGAAAGGAGGAGAUCAAGUGACGCCUGACUAGCUAUAACUUUCCUCCUCAUUUCCUCCUCUCUCUCCCUCCUUCCCCUCCCACACCGGGGAUAUGACGAAAACCCCAUCAAAGACUUUGAAGUCGUAUGCACCGCUUCCAGUCAAAAAAAAAAAUCUCUUCUUUUGGUUUGAAAUAGCAACUUUCAUGAGAUGAAAACAACCAUGUCUGUUAGUUUGUAGAAUUAACGUUUUGUUUUGGUUUUCUUUCACAAAAAAGCAACAGACAAAAAAAGGAGCAAAUUAAAUGUUGAUGGAGAAGUC